GCAUUUCGGUGACAGCAUUUCUCAGAGUUAAGUCAUAAGACUACAUCAACGCAUUAAGUCAGACAUGAACUAAUCUCUAAGGAGCUAACUGACCGCAUUAAUGGUGGAAACGAUACAGAAGUGACAUGAAUGGUUCGAUAUAUUCAAUCUAAAACAUGGAGGUUUAUGACUUCAUACUCAGGACUCACUGGCUCUUUGUGACCACCCUGUGGAUCUGUGUGUGUGGAGCCAACGUUGACUCUCUACAUCAGUCAGAGGAGGGUGAGCUACUUAGAUUUCAUUUUCUGGAUUUUUAAGAUGAGAUCCAUAUUGAAUUUAAGAUAGCAUGUAGAUUAGAUUAGAUUAGAUUAGAUCUAAUAGAAUUAAAAAGGUGGUGGUGUCAAUAUGAUUAUAAGAAAUUAACAAACUGUUUUGAUGGUAAUGUCAUAUAUAUUUCAAACUAAGGAGCAUGUUUUGCUCGUGUUGGACUGUGUGUUGCUCCUGUGUUUUUCCCCAGGUGAAGUCACUGAUUGGUGAUCAGCUUCACCUGGUCCUGAGGGGGACUGCUUCCCUGUAGUCUCUCAUUUAGGAGAUGCUUAUUUUUUAGUACUGUAUGUAUAGUUAAUUUAUUAAUUUGUUCUUUAGUUAAUCUUUGUGAAUUAAUUCCUUGUCUGUUUUUAAUGAAUAAAUCACAUAGUUAAAUCUUGAAGGUGUUUUCUGUUACUUUUAGUGGGUCAAUGUGUAAAUAGAUGUUUUAGUUCAGUAUAAUGGUAAAUUGUAUGUUUCACAAUAUUUAAUGUUUAUUUAUCUGUAAUUGUUGUUCGUCCGAGCAACAGCCCAUCCCUUCUUCUUCUUCUUCUACUUUUCUUCUACUCCUUUUUUAUCCUUCUUCCUUCCUCUUCUUGUUUGUGCAUUUCAUGAAGCUGCUUACUAAACACAAAAACUUAUAUGUUACUAGUUUGAUUUGCGUUACUGUGGAGCUCAUGAGAGUUUCGACAUGUUUCAGGACACCAGCCAGUUUAUCCUCUGAGGACCAUGAACAUCUGAAUGAUGUUUAACCCAUCUGUCCUGUUGAUACAGAGGAAAGUCCCAGUAAUUGCAACCUCAGCAAGAAGAAAAAUGACGAAUCCUAACAACCAACUGAGCUUUGUAUGUUUAGGUGCUAACUCAGGAGAAAAGUCUCAUAAAAAAAUGAUUUCUGGACCGGUUCCUUAUUUUACAUUAUAACGAUCAGACUCAGAAAGAAACUUGAACAACAGUGUAUAGAAAAUACAUCAGUUACUGCCUUCACCAAAGAGUUAUGAUAUCCAAACCCACGUCAGUCUAAAGGGCUCUCUGUUAGAGUAAAUACUAUGUGAUUCAGAAAUGAUGAUCUUUGUAUGUAAUUGGAUUAUAAAGCUUAAUUUAUGUUGCAAUCAUUUUAACUGAAAAGUGAUGGACGGGGUGAAAUCUGACCCUCUUCUUUCUCCUGUGUUCAGAGAUUUUUCACUCAGACAAACAAACGACCCUGGGCUGGACAUCUAAACCUAACAGUAUGGUCAGUAGUUAUUAUUAUUAUUAUUAUUAUUGUUGUUGUUGUUGUUGUUGUUGUUGUUGUUGUUGUUGUUGUUGUUGUUGUUGUUGUUAUUAUUAUUAUUAUUAUUAUUAUUAUUAUUAUUAUUAUUAUUACCAUUAUUAAUUCAUUUAUUUAUUUAAUUUCCCUGCAGGGACAAUUAAAGUAUAUGAUGAAAAAAAUAUAUAUAUAUCAACAACCUCUACAUCAAACUUUUAUUUAUACAGAUUAUCUCAUUGAGACACAGGGUCUCAUUUUAUAAGAUAGACUUGAUAAAAUGGGGGUUAGGUUUGAGGGCAGAAAAGAUCAGUGGAUACAGUAUAGAUAUAAACAAACAUAUUUAUAAAUACAUCAAUGAAUAUAUACAGAAACAUAAAUAAGAAAACAUAUAGUUACAGCAACAAAGGUAAAUAUGUAUACAAAUACAUAAAUACACACACUUACUGUACAUACUCACAGGUAUACUGUGUUCAGGUGUCUGUCUCUUCAUGUCCUCAGUGGGAUGAGGUCCAUCUCAGAGUCAAGCAGUCACAGCGGCAGGUUCCAGUUCUUCAGGCGUGUGGUCAGCAAGUACAGAGGUCAGUUCUGAGUCACUGGAUGGAGCGUAAAGACGCUCACUACCUGCUGAUGGAUGUUUCAUUCGCACAAGAGGAAGAAACUUCAGGUCAGCUGAGUCCUCUGCAUGUCCACCUGUUUGACUCAGACACACGUGUCUCAGGGUUUCAGUAUGGUAGGUCGGUCCUAGACCUUCAGUCUUCCAGGCCAUUCCCAGCCACCACUCAUUCACAAGAAGAGCUGACUUACCUGCACAUGAGCCAGGGUCUUGAUUUGGGUCCAGUCAGCCGCAGAGGCUUUCAGAUCGGCUUCUCAUACUCAGGGACAUGUGUGUUGGUGACUUCCAUCAGACUGUACUACAGGAAGUGCUCUGACAUCACAGAUAACCUGGUCAGCUUCAAAGGGACGGGGUCUGGGUCUGGUCCUGUGAUUGGCUCCUGUGUGAGGGGGGCUGUGGAGGUUUCUCCCCCUGUUCGAGAGUGUAUGGUGGGCGGAGCCUGGGGCCCCCUACAGGGAGGCUGCACCUGUGGACCUGGACACCAUGUGACAAAUCAUACCUGUGCAGGUGAGGAGGCUGAGAGAGAGUUUUGUUUGAGUAAGUCACAGCACAUGUGUUUUUUGUUGGACUGUUUUUUUUUCUUUUGCUACUUAUUGUGAUAUAAAAACAAAGAAUAAUACUUCCUGUUUUCUUUUCCUGUUCCCUUCUCUCCGUUUCGAGGGUUUUGUUUCAGAGUUUGUCUUCAGAUAUUUUUAGGUUUUAAUGAGAGGGUGGAGGAAUAACAACAUCACAUUAGAGAUCACAGAGAGGUUUAUUUGCAGAAUGUCAAAGAUUAUUAGCAUUAUUAUUAUUAUUAUGAAUCUGUACUGACAUGUGUGGUUUGAAAGUAGGUUUUGAGUCAACCCACACACCCAGAUAUUUAUAUUUGUCUAUUUUCUGGAGUGCUCUGCCAUCAUUAUCAAAGAAUUAACAUCAGAUAAAGAAUUAAACUUAUCAAACCAUAAAAACAAAAUCAAACACAUUACAAAACAUAGACGAGGAGCUGAACUGUGACAGACAUGUUCUCUAUUUCCUGUUUCACCAGCGUGUGGGAAGGGCUUCUACAAACCAGCCAAUAACAGUGGAGGAUGUAGACUCUGUCCGUCAAACAGCCAUACACACACUGAGGGAUCAGAGACGUGUGAGUGUGUUCAGGGUUUCAGCCGCCUGACCUCGGACCCUGCUGACCUUGGCUGCACCAGUAAGAAAGAUCAAUGAAUCUUUUUUUACUCAAUCAAUCAAUCAAUCAAUCAAUCAAUCAAUCAAUCAAUCAAUCAAUCAAUCAAUCAAUUAAUCAAUCAAUCAAUCAAUCAAUCAAUCUUUAUAUAGUGCCAAGAGUUAUCCUUAGAUGCUAAGAUGUUAUUCAGCUCCUAUUCAGACCAUGUUUCUGUUUCCUGUCUGGUGGUCCUCAGAGCCCCCCUCCGCCCCCCUGAAUCCUUCGAUCCGUCAUCAGGAGGACUUGGUGCUUCUCAGCUGGGACCCUCCUCUGGACCAGGGAGGCAGAAAAGAAGUGAUGUAUGAUGUCUCAUGUGAGGAGUUGGUUGAUGAUGGAGGUCCAUGGAUAAACUGCAGACAGGAAGUCGUUUUCUCUCCUAACACCACUGGUCUGACCAGGACUUCAGUCAACAUUUCAGGACUGGAUCCAAAGACUAACUACAGACUGUCAGUGAGAGCCUGGAACCAGGUGUCAGGCCUGCAGAAAGUGCCACCUCCAUCCACCACAAGCAUCAGCCUAAACAGAUGUAAGAAUAUAUUCAUCUACGCUUUCAUGAAGAUUAUGAGAUUGUCUUACUGAAUUUAUUCUCACUCUUCAAUAUCCAGUAAUGACAAACAGAUCUUUGUUAUCUUAGUUAGAUCUUUGUUAUUAAAGUCAGUGUCAGAUCUUUGGUUUAAAAUGUGAUUUUCUGAUGAUGGAAAUAGUUCAUUAUAGCCCCAGUUUCAGUGAAACAACAGAAAACACACUUUUGAAGUUAAAGUCUUUGUCAUAUUUUUAAAUUUUAGGGAAAGAUCCCAAUACCAUCGCCAUGGUGACUGCGAACUCCAUCACGCCUGCGGUGGCUCCUCAGCAUGAAGCUCGUACCACCUCGUGGUUGAUUGUUGGAGUUUUAAUCUUUAGUCUGCUGCUCGCAGCUGCAUUUCCUGCUACUUUCUGUGUGCGGCGAUGCAAACACACCUUACACAGGUAAAACCCUAACCUGAACACCUCAUCCCUGUUCCUGACAAACUCAGGCUGGUCCUGCUCUACACACAUCAUAGUAGAAACAGAUCCACUCUCAUCCAAAAUCUUAAUGUUUUUGUACCUAACCCUCUUUGUCCUCAUAUCAGCUAAGUUGAUCAGAGUGGUUACAGAUCUUUGUUAUUUAAUCGAAUGUUUUCUUUAAAGGUCUGAACAGGAGGGCAAUCUUUUCCUGUUACACACUGGAGUUUCUUACCGACGUGCUCGAGAGGUGGUGACCCUCCCACUGCAGGAAAACAGUCAGACAGGUUUUAUGUCACUUAAAUUAAAAUGGUUUAUUUUGUGAUUAUCCAUUAAAGACAGUAUUAACAUCGUCUUUUACAAAACAGUCAAUAUAUGAUCAAUGUUUCUAUUAGUCUUUAUUUAUUUAAACUGUAAAUAUUAAUAAAAUAGAAUGAACCUUUUUAAUCUGAGCUGCUGAUUAUUUUUUAAUCACUGUGUGAUAAUAAUAUCUGUUAUCUGGAUCUCUAAUACGAUUUUUCAGCUUUUUGUUUUAAUAAAUAGGUAGAAUUAAAUGAUUUUGUUGGUGGAGGACAGGUGGAGCUGAGUCAAAUGUAAUUAAAGCAGAUAUAGAUUGAUAUAUGGGGAAAUUACUGUAAGAUUAUACUGUGAAAUAGAUAUUGAUGUUGGCCCUAAUUACUUUUUGAGGGAUACUGAUUUUCAUAUUUUGUGUUUCAGCUGGUGGAGGUGAGGUGCAGCUGUUCAUGUUUGGAGACAAACUGAAGAAUUUCCUGGUGGACAGAAACAAACUGACUCUGGGCAAAGAGCUGGGCAAAGGUCAGCUUACUGUCUGAGCGCUGACCUGAUAACUGUUUAUAAAUCAGUCCAGUUUAGAUUAAUAACUGCUCACUGAACAGUCCUGUCUAAACUGGAUAACUAAUCAAUCAACAGUCCAGCUUUAAAGUGUUAACAUGUUACUGAAUUCAGUUCAGUUUUGACUGUAUAACUGGUUAUUAAAAAGUCUAGCUUUAAUUUCAUUGAACACCAUUACCAGGUAACAGGUUUUUGAACAGUGGACCUUUAACUUUAUAAAUGGUUAUUUAACAGUCCAACUUUAACUAGAUUUCUAAUCGUUGAUCAGUACUGCUUUAACUUGAUUAGUGGUUAUUGAGAGGUCUAACUUUCACCAAAUAACUGGUCUUUGACUUCAUGUUUGUAUUGCAGGGGAGUUUGGUCUGGUCUAUGAGGGGCUCUUUUGUCCAGAUGAAGGUGUGAACAUGAAGGUUGCUGUGAAAACAGUCAGAGGUUAGUAUAAAACAAUUUUUUAAUCUGAAUUUUUCAAAAAAAAAUUUCUCUGACUUUCUGUGUUUGCUCAGUUGGUAUACACAGUCAGGCAGAGCUCCUCGAUUUUAUGAAAGAGGCUGAGAUCAUGCAGAACUUCCAUCAUGAAAACGUAGUCCGGCUUCUGGGUAAGGAGUUUUUUUUUUUUACCACACUGAUGAUUAAAAUGAUCAAAGCAGGCAUCCAGCUGCAUGAUAGAAAACCUGUUUUAAAUAGUGUGGCAUUUAAGGAUUCUAAUUCUUCUGUUACUGAGGGUAACUGAGAUAGAAGGGACCCUGUUGUUAACGUGAUUCGUGUUUGGCCUUUAGGGGUCGCUGUGCAGACAGAGCAGGACUCUCAUCUUCCUGUCCCCCUGGUUAUUCUGCCCUACAUGAAACAUGGAGACCUGAGACGGUUCCUUAUUGCAACACGUUAUGGAGACGUCCCAAUGGUUAGACAUUUUCAGACACUCACAGUGACUUCCCUCUGUCAGAGUCAGUGACUGAUCACCUACGGAUUGACCUGAUGUCAGUCAAAACUAGUCUCUGUGCCAACUUACAGAGGAGCACCUUCACUGAAAUCUUCAGGGGUUCAAUUUUUAAUGAACAUUUUACUGGAAUAAAGUCAGUCUGGUGUUAUUGCUGAUAAAAAAUUCAGGACUGGAGCUUUUUUUCACCCUAAAUGUCUUAAGUUUAAUGUCCAGUUCUAGUUUGUGCAUACUUUGUAAUUUCGGUGACAGUUUUUCUAACAUUUCAUGUUUAAUGUUUGCACAUAGAGGGCCAAGUUUACCAAAGUCAAAUUCCUUGUGUAUUUGUCCACGUACAUGGCCACUAAAGCUGAUUCUGGUUCUGAUUCUGAAAUGUGUGAAGUAGUCAAACAGCAUCAGAAUGAACCUCCUCGUCUCUUCAGUUCGUCCCUCUGCAGAGUCUGAUCCGCUUCAUGGUUGACAUCGCCACUGGGAUGGAAUAUCUGAGCUCACAGGGCUUCCUGCAUCGUGACCUUGCCGCACGAAACUGCAUGUGAGUCCACCAGGGGGCAACACUUGGGGUGACUGGUGUGGACAUUGUCCUCACAGACUGUCUCUGUCCUCUCUGUGCAUUUCUGUGUCUGUGUUCUCUAGGCUGGGGGAUGACCUCAGAGUGUGUGUUGCUGACUUUGGUCUUUCUAAGAGGAUCUACAGCAGAAACUACUAUCGUCAGAGAGUGAUAGUCAGACUGCCGAUUAAAUGGAUGUCAAUGGAGAGUCUAUCAGAAUCUGUUUACAGCACCAAGAGUGACGUGGUGAGUUCAAGGACGUUCUGUAAACCUGACAUCUCCUUACUCUAUCAGUCACAUGACCAGCAGAUAGUCACAGGAUCAGUGAUUGGCUCUGAAUGAUUAAAUGUUCUUCUGCUGCUCAGUGCAUUUCCAAAAUUUCGAAAAUGUGUUUAACUAGUUUGUUCAUGCUCUGCUUGUGUAAAAACAUGGUGGUGGAGGAUGGCUAACCAUCCUCCACUGCCACCUGUUUCCACGUAGAUUCACAAGACUCUGUAUAUAUAUUUAUAUAUUUAUAUAUGUCAAUAAUUCAAACAGACAAAUGAAUAUUUCAUUAAAGGUACAAUGUGCAGUAGUUGUAAAAUACACACAUUGUACCUUUAAAAUUAUUUAAAUAUAUUAGAAUUAUCUGUUUUUAAUUACAUCCUUUGAUUUGAUUUAAAUAUUGUAUUCGUUUUGCAUGUGACUGAUCUUUAAAGUAAAAUAAAAUCCAUUAAAUUCUUCAUAUAUUUUUUUUGUUUAAUAUAGCUCUCUGUUUUUAUUUAUAAUGUUAUACCUGUGUUUUGUUAAACAUACUUUGAUUUUAGUUUUAACAUGUUUCUGUGUGGUGCCCUCAGUGGUCCUUUGGGGUGACCAUGUGGGAGAUUCUGUCUCGGGGUCAGACUCCUUAUCCGGGGGUCCAUAACCAUGAGCUGCUGGAUCUGCUGAGAACAGGGUUCAGACUGAAACCACCACCAGAGGGAAACCUCAAACUGUGAGUGAGGAGACAACAACACAGCAUGUACACCCCAUACAUACAUAUGUUCAUUACAUUACAUUACAUUACAUACAUUUUUUUCAUGAUGUGUGCUGCUGACCUCUUAGCCAGGUCAGCCUUGUAAAUGAGAUCUUGUUCUCAAUGGGUUUCAUCGAGUUAAAUAAAGGUUGAACAUAUAAACAAAAAAAACUGCAGCACAACGUUAUAACACAUUUACACACACUAUUUACACACACCACAAUAACACAACAUUAUGAUGCAACAACUGAUAUCUAAACAUAAAAAACGUAUGAUAGUUUAGAAUUAAAGCCGCGUUCCCGUGCUACCAGUGAACACUCCAUCUCUCCCAUAGACUAGUCAUAGAAUGGACAUUAUCUGCCUCUUAACUGGGUGAAGCCUCAGCAAGAACAGCACCCCCUGGUGACUGGUUGCAGUACAUGUCAUAAACCCCGCCUCCUCCUGCAAAAUGAAUGGAGCUGUGGACAAACUUUGAAAAUUAAUUACACAGAAUAUUUCAGGAAAUGGAAAAAAUCCAAGAAAAACCAAGAAAUUUGACUUCAAAUUCAUACAGUGAUGGGAGGUGGAGCCACGUUGUCCAUUCUAUAUACAGUCUAUAAUAUCUUCAAAAAAAUUAUUUGACUUAAUUAAUCAAUUUAUUAGAUGUUUUAAGAUAUAUAUAUAUAUAUAUACAGUAUAUAUGUAUAUAUAUAAAUAUGUACUUUUUUCCCCCUUACCCUCCUCACAGAUAUGACGUGAUGAAGAGCUGCUGGGAGGAGGAUCCAGCUCUGCGUCCAGACUUUGGGGAUCUGGUUCAGACUCUGAGAGAUGUUAUGUCUGAGCUGCCAGAGCUUGAGGCGUGCGAGGAGGCAAACUACAUCAACCAGGGUCUGCAGGCUGCUGCUGCUACUCCUCACAGUGACAAGAGAGGGGAGAACGUUUACCUGAGUGCACCUGUCGGGGCUGCAGUCAGAUUAGAGGAUGUGGAAGAGGAGGAUGGAUACCUGAGGUACAUGAAAGGGGAGGAGGAUAAAUCAAAGCAGGAGUUUCAUUAAUGGUGGACCUCUGAUGAAGACAGAAUGUUUACCCUCUGAGGACAUAUUGGAAGCUUAAAGAUCUGUGCUCUGGUGAUCUUUGUUGCAUAUCAAACCUGAGGGAAACAUGCCGUCAGUGAGCGAAGAAUGACUCUGAGGCACAAACAUUUCCAUGAACCAGAUGACUCUGAAGAGGCGAACUAGAGCAAGACUAUUACUGUACAAGUCUAACAGGUUUAAAUGAUAUAAACAUACUAACUGAUCUACAUCUUCAUCAUCUCCAUCAUCAUUCUAACCAACAUCAAAAUCAUCAUCAUUAUCAUCUUUGUCUUCAUCAACCUUAUCAUCUUCAUCGUCAUCAUCACCAUCUUCAUCAUCACAUCAUCAUUAUAACUGAAAUCAAAAUCAUCAUUGUUAUCAUAAUCAUCAUAAUCAUCAUCAUCAUCAUCACCAUCAUCUUAAUAACCUUCAAAAUAGACCAGGACGUCAGUAACAUCGUCAGCUUUUGAAUGUCUGUGUUUUUCCCCUAUCAAAACAAAAAAAAGCUUUUUCCUUUUGGUAAAUUUCUUGUGCAUAAACAGAAAUAAAGAGAUGUCAUAUUUCAAACAGUACAGUAAAAAUACUUAUGACCUGAACAGUAUAGCAUAAAAUGUACCACAUGGUGAUUAAAUGCCACUAACUGUUUUGCUGUUUGUCAUGAAGGUAAAGCAAAAAAAAAAAACAGCAAUAAAAUGAAUGUCCAUUUAUUAAAAAAAGAUUUAGCUUUAAACACAGGUGGCACACAGAACAAAUAAAAUACCUGUGAACAAAAA